CAAUAAUCAUGAAAUUCAUAAAAUAAUAAACAGGAUAGAAUAACAAUGAAGAAUUUUGCAUUUUCUUCGGAAAAUCUUUUGAAAAUUUACAAUUAGGCUAAACAGCGGCGCCCACUACGAACCGCUUGAACUAUUUAAAUAUCCAGCUCUACUGAAUACCAACUUUCCGAAUUUCUUCCUCUCUAUGACAGUUGAUAGUCUAGAGUGCAGCAUAUGCUUGCAAAACCUUGUUCAUCCUGCUCAAUUACCAUGUGGUCAUAUAUUUUGCUUUUUGUGCAUUAAAGGUUGUGCCUUCCACAGACGAAAAUGUCCUAUGUGCCGCAGUAGAUUCUCAUCUCGUUUUUUCGAUAAUCCCAAGUUAAUAAAUGUUUGCGAUCUACGUGAAAACGAUCAAGAUAAAUUGAGUCAUAUUGUUGAUUUAUGUGAACGCUUGUCAACUUUACCUCAAUCAGUCAAUGCUUCAAACUCUAAUGAAUUACCAAGUUAUUCUUGGUUCUAUGAAGGUUUUCAAGGUUGGUGGCAAUACGAUGAACGUACGUGUAACGAAUUGGAGAAUGCAUUUAAUAAACAAUUAUCGUCAUAUGAGUUGACCAUUGCAGGUUAUGUAUACAGCAUAGAUUUGAAAAAUAUGACUCAAAUACGGAAAGAUCGUUCUGGCCGUUUACGUCGAAUUAAACGGGAUUUGCUAACCUGCGAAAAAAAGGGUGUAGCUGGAAUAAAAAUGUCCACAAUUCAGUCAUCUAGCAAUAGUACAACAUCAGUGUGUAAACAGUCAGAAAUCGAAGAAGCGACUCAUUCCAACUCAGAUGGAUUUAAUGAUGAUUCAAAUAAUAAUCUGUCUUCCAACUUACCGUGUACACAAUAUUCCAACUAUGGCUGUUUAGAAAGUGACAGAUCAAAAGCUAGGGAAAUAGUAAAUGCCAACCGAUUAAGCACACCAUAUUUGUCUGGAGAUGAAUGCGUUUUCAGUGACUUACCAGAUCCUUCCAGAUCUACUUCUUCUGGACCUCGUAAUCAACGUAAUCCAAGUCCUUCUACGUCAGGAGAAUCAUUACACCAUCGCAAUCGUAAAAAUCCUUAACUAUUUCUAUACUUAAAGCUCCUUUCUUAAUACUAUGGUUACUUACUUCGAAGAUAUAUAUAUGCAUAUAUAUAGUGUUUGGAUGUGUUCAUCAGUUUCCUGUUGUAACUGUGAUUAUAUUGAAUAUUUUAUAUUGAGUUCGCUUCAAACUUUUAUUCUUAACACUAUUUUAUAUAUACCGAAAACCACUAAAUAGCUCAUAUAUAUAUAUAUAUAUAUAUA